UUACGAACAUAUCUAUUUUUAGCUAAGAUGUGAUUGCACAUUUCUUAUUUUUACGUAUUUUACAGAAUUUUUGUCCUAAAACUUUCAGGUUUUCUUUAAGAAUCAUAGCCCAAAUAUUUUUAUCAAGCUUUGGAGGGGGACACUCCAAAUUUCAGGAAUGGUACAAGUUAUAUCACUGAUAUACGUGAGAUAAUGAAUACUGAUGAUAAAGGCAGCUGUCCCAAAAAAUGUUCUGCCUGGAUAGCUGGAUAAACGUUUCAUGGGCAUACACGAGGAACAAUAAAAGUAUGUUAAGAAUGAUUAAAGCCCUCGAUUUAUACAGCAAUAUAUGAAGACAUCAAUCAAACGAACAUCAAAAUUUUUACAGGAUAAAUGUGUGGAUAAUAGUAGUAUGGUCUACUGUCAAUAUAUUGAUGAAGUUUUACGAAAUAUUUGCAGCCAGAUUCCAAGCAAAAGCUUCUGAAAAGGUUCACGAUUUCCAUACGUUUGAAGAAAUUCAGGGACAUAUUUGGGAAACUAACAUAAUGACGCCAAAAGUUAUAUUUCUUCACGCCCUUGAAGAUGAUUGCAGGAUGGUACAUGCAGAACGAACAUCAAUUGAAUUGAUAAUUGAAAUGACGAAAAGGUUAAUAAGUGUGGCAUGCUGGCGAUUUUCGACUGUGCAAAUGAACCCAGAAUUAUGGAACGACUUGAUUUUUCUUCACCUGAUACAAUCGAUCUUGGCAGUGACGGUUGAGGUUUUCUAGGGGUUUUCCUCGCCCGAGUGCGAAUGCAGUCACUAAAAAACCACGUUCCCCUAAUGAAUAGUAGAUAAAAUGGAAAUUGUACUUAUCCUAUUAAUGAU